AUGCUCAUCAGGAACCUCGUCCAGGGCAUCCUCGUCAACGGCUCCGUGGGGCACGUCAUCGCGUUCAAGACGCCCAUAGACGCGCGGCUCGACCGCCUCGACAUCGCCGGGCUCAGCAUGCUGGCGCUCGACCUGCCGCAGGGCUCCCGAGAUCAGGAGAGGUUCGAAAGUGUAAAGGAGCGCGUAUGGCCUCUGGUGCGGUUUGGGAAUGGGCGGGAAUUGCUCUGUGUACCGCAGGACUUCACGGUGGAGAACGGGGGCGGGGAGGUAGAGGCGAGGAGGGUGCAGGUACCGCUCAUCCAUGCAUGGGCGUUGAGCGUGCACAAGUCGCAGGGUCAGACGCUGGAGCGGGUGGUGGUCGACUUGAACAGGACUUUCGAGCAUGGGCAGGGUACGUAA